UAUUCUCAUAAUAUUUCAAAGAAUGGUUUCAUCAGAUGAUUGGACGAAGUGUGCGAUGAGAGAUGGAGAAGUGGUGGCAGAGCUUUUGGUAAAGCUUAAACAAGCCAAAGUAAUCAAGAAUCCUAUUGUAGCAGCACUCCGGUGGGGAAUCCAGCAGCCACGGUCUCGGUGUCCGAGAAAAGAAACUGAAUCUAGAUGUAGUCCAAGUACACCACUAUCUUGGAGUGGUGGUUGUGGUGGUUCUUCUUCUUCUCCAUCUGGUUAUGUCGAUGGUUACGAAGCCACUAGUCGUCAAAUCAGUGCCGUUGGAUCUAGAUCCAAGGUUCUUGUAACUUCAGAUUUGGAUUUUGAUGUCAAGAGAUUACAGAGGAAAAAGAACAUUGCAUCACUUAGAUCACCAUUCAGCGAGCGAGGCGUCGAAAACAAUAACUUGAAGAGAAUGAAGAUGAAUCAUAGUCAGAAUUUGGCAGAGAAUGAAAAUCGCAAGGCGGAUGGCAAUUUCUUGCUACCAGAUUUGAAUAUAAUGCCAUGUGACGAAAAUAGUGAUCAUUAUUCGUCUUUGGGUGUGGAAACAACACUAUAUGGGAUAAGGAUUAUAAGUUGAAAGAAACUCACUUAAUCAUGAGAAGUGGUUUUGAGAAUCUGGUUCGAUCAGAGUAAGCUGAUUUGAUCAUCUUUCGCUCGGCUUUUGAAAAGGGUUCGCGCCACGCAAUAGCUCGAAAAGACCAAAGAUCUUCUGUGUAUAAAUUCCUCAAGGAAGUUUCCAUUAUGGGGUGGCAUCUAAUUUUCUAUAAAGAUCAUCAGCAAUG